GUCGAAAUGGUGCGGUCGCGGCCAACAAAAUGACCAAGAGAAGAAGACAGAGCGACGAUGGAGAGAGCGAUCGUGCUGUCGUGAAGAAAGGCCGAAUCGGCCCAAAGCGCACCCUUGCAAGCCUCAGUGAUGAACUGAUUGUGCGCAUCUUAUCCUACCUGCCGGUCCAGGAUCUACUCCGAAUGGAAGGGACAUCUAAGCGCUUUCAACCCCUUGCCAAUGACGAUGAGGUCUGGAAAGGCAAAUACUAUGACGCAUGGAUCAAGAGUCGAUACCGCCGUCUCCCCCCUACACAGCGACCGGAGAAGAGCAGACAACUGGCCAAAGCAGUGGAGUGGUUGGAACACUCUCAACGAGUCAAAUCGAGUGCGCCGACCAACUGGAAACGCCAGUACAAAAUCAAGAGCAAUUGGCAUGUAGGAGCGGCUCAGAUCAGGGAAGUGCAGGUCGCACCAUCGACUGUGCCGCCGGUGAUUGGAAAAAUGUUUCAGAAUCAGCUCUUCACUGUUGACAGCACUUCUGGCCUGAGAUGUUGGCAACAGCAAGACGGAACCAGGGUCUUACGAGCGCAUCAAGAGAUCGAGGAAGGGGCCCAGCCGACCUGCAUGGCAGUGGAGGAAGAAGCGCAGGGGGGGAUCAAUAUCCUCGUUGGCUUUUCAGAUGGCCGUUUCGCACUAUACCGGUUGACACAUAGUCAGCACCUGUCCCUCUUAUUUUCGCAGCAGUCCGACGAUGGUCCUCUGGUGGCGGUGGAUUUGGCCAUGCCAUUUAUCAUGACCACAUCGAUUACGAACUCUUUGACCAUCUACUCAUCCGCUUCUUUCACAGCAGGGGAGCCAAUGAGCCUACAAGCGCUCACAAAGCUGCAAUCUGAUGCAAAGUUUGGUCCGACGUCUGUCUCUUUGCGAAAGCAAGGAUUCGGAAUGAUUGCAAGUAUUGCGUACGGCUUCAAAAGGGUUGGCGCAGGCUGGUGCAUUGGGAUUCAAGAGAUCUCCUUGACACCGACAGGCACGUCCGGGGUGGAGGAUGCCACAGAGCGGUGGGAAAUCGGAACCAGAUCCACGAGUUCUCUACCACUCCCAGCACACCCUCAGCAGAGAAGGCCUCCUCAGUCAUUAUCCUACGCACAUCCAUUCGUGAUUGCGUCCCUGGCCGACAACACAAUCAUGUCGUUUCUAGUGACAUCCACCGAGAACCAGUUGGAGAUGAGCACGGGUCGGCGACUUUGGGGCCACACAGCGGGUAUCUCGAGCUUGCAGGUCAACAGCCGCGGCAAGGCGGUGUCUAUCAGUCAAAGAGGCACCGAAAUCAGGGUUUGGGAGCUCGAGGAUGUUAUGACCAUGGCUGCGCAUCGACGAACGAGCGUUCAAGUCAAAGUGGUAGGAUCGGCGUGGGCGCAAAUCACGGCUGCGUUGGCACAGCGAGCCCAAGGGCUGGGCCUGGCAGUGUCUGAGCUUAGACGAGAAGAGGAAAUGACCCGUGGUCGAUGGGUGGGAUUUGAUGAAGAACAGGUCGUGGUCCUAGGAGAACGAGCUUCGACUCAGGUCAUGUCGCUGUAUGAUUUUACGUAGAUACCUUGAUGAUACCUGUAUUCAUGGGCUAAUCGUGCCAUGUAUGAGAUGAGAUGAGAUGAGUUGAGAAAAAUGAACUUGGGGACCAAAUAAUAAUGGGGACUAGAGGCGGCGAGCGGGGGAAGCGUCCCUGAUUGGGGCUGCAGAAAGGCCGAGGGCUUCUGGGCUGCUAUCACACUCGACAGGGUUGGGUUUUAGGGAUGUUGUCACUAUAGACUGAGGUGUAUAAGGUACUUUGGGUCAG